UCAAAUCUUCGUCGAUCUUACAGCAAAAAGAACAUUCAAAAUGGCUGGCGGUGUCAAUUUCAUUUGCAUAGUUACUGUUUGGUGCUUGCUGCAAUAUACUGGAUGCGCAACAGGUUCUCCCCAGAAAUAUGACACUGAAUUGGCAGCAAGAAACAUAACAACUCUAACAGGCAUAUGCGACUGUGGAAUGGCCACCUGUGAUUGCUGUGUGACUCUCCCUAUUAUUCAUUAUACAGUAUGUAUUCGUUUGACUUAUUUGAAGAAGGAUGCUGAGAUUUUGUUUGCCAUAACAGUCGAUGGUAAAACUGUUAUCAGUAAGAAACUAUCAGUCAGAGACCCGGUGUCAGCUUGUAUAAAUAUUCCGUACCUAAAACUUCUCGGAAGUCUUUGCGCCGAGUUAUAUGACAUUGAGGUAGGGAUAAAUGGUCUCUCUGGAUGCGCCCGCGGAGUUCUGAAUAUUGGAUUCUUCAAUGUUUUCAACCUUGAGUUUGGAUGCUACAACAUUCCGUUGGCUGUAGAUGAAUUGAUGCAGAAAAUAGCUGUUUCAAAUGAUCAGGGUGGUCUCCGUAAUUAUAAAUACGUAAAAGAGAUGAAGGUCAUCGAUGCUCUCCUGAAGGACCACUCUCCUGAAGACAAAUAAACUGAUUCCUUUGCACUGAUGUCUAUCUCAAGAACAUGCAGCUGGAAAUUUGUUAGGCCUACAUAACAUUUUGCAAUUCAAAAAAAAUUUCAAAAUUAUAUAAAACAGUCUUUUUUUGAAUUGUUUUUAUAAAGAUGUCUUCACGGCUGAAAAGUCAACUACACCCUCAUUUGUUACCAAUUAAGCUGUCUCUUAAAAUCAAACAAAUCUUUUUUCGUUAUAUAAAACUGUCUGCUGAAAUAUGCAAAAUUACUGCACGUCUAUCACUUGCGGUCCUUUGAAUAAUGGUUUUAAUCAAAAGGAAAAUUAUAAGGUAUAAAAAGUAACAAAUCGGCAGAGCUAAAAUUCGGUUAUUCACUUUUUUCAUGUUUUCCGUUGAUUAUAACUUACAAAUGUUCCAAUCAAAUAUGGGUAAGCUAAAUCACUUUCAAAUUAUACUGAAUGUUACACUUUUCUUCUUUAAAUUUAUCUAUACAUUUAUUUGAUUUGUAAACUUAUUUUAGAUUUUAGAAAGGCUUUUAAUUGUCUAAUCUGGCUUAUCUUUCUUUGUUAUGUUCUUAAGGUUAUAUAAUGCUUGAAUCCUUAUUCCUUGAAUAACUUCUAAAUAGUUUGAAUUGCAUUUCCAUUUUUGGGGCUUAGAUGUUAAUUGCAAUUUAUCGUAGUAGUCAGUCUUGAACAAAUUUAAUAACAAAGUUUGUGUGUCAAUUUGAAUUUACCACUUCGGAACUGUUUAUUGUCUACAAGAUAACAAUUAAAGCAAUAAGACCAAAAAGCUUAAUUAAUCAUAAAGUUAGUAUUUUUCUGUUUUGUUUUUAUUUGGCACGAUUACAUAAUUAACAUGUUACAAUUGUUUUCUUUUAUUUUACUUGGUUGAUUUUUAAUUCACAUUUAGAAUAGAAUUUAAGUUAGAAAACCGAGAUUUCCGGAGUGGUGAAUAUGUUAUAUAAAUUGUUGUAAUUUUGCUUUAUUGAUUUUGUUA